AUGCCUUUUGGAUUGUGCAAUGCUCCAGCUACAUUCCAAAGGUGUAUGAUGUCCAUAUUCACAGAUCUAAUAGAAGAGAUUAUGGAGGUUUUCAUGGAUGAUUUCUCAGUAUAUGGUUCUUCCUUUGAAUCAUGUUUGGGAAAUCUUGGAAGAGUGCUACAGAGAUGUGAAGACAAGCACCUAGUUCUAAAUUGGGAGAAGUGCCACUUUAUGGUUAGAGAUGGAAUAGUGCUUGGACAUAGAAUCUCAGAGAGAGGCAUAGAAGUUGACAAGGCCAAGAUUGAAGUCAUGACAAACCUUCAGCCGCCCAAGACAGUUAAAGAUAUCAGAAGCUUCCUAGGACAUGCUGGGUUCUACAGGAGGUUCAUUAAAGAUUUCUCACAGAUAGCAAGGCCGCUAACACGCCUAUUAUGCAAGGAUAUUAACUUUGAGUUCACAGAGGAGUGUCACAAGGCUUUCACUAAGAUCAAGGAUGCAUUGGUCAGUGCGCCAGUGGUUCAACCUCCAAACUGGGAACUACCUUUUGAGAUAAUGUGUGAUGCAAGUGAUUAUGCAGUAGGAGCAGUGCUUGGACAAAGAAAAGACAAGAAGCUACAUGUGAUCUAUUAUGCCAGCAGAACGCUUGAUGAGGCACAAUGCAAGUAUGCCACAACAGAAAAGGAGCUUCUAGCUAUUGUCUUUGCAUUUGAAAAGUUUCGAUCAUACUUGGUGGGAUCGAAAGUUAUAGUUCAUUCUGAUCAUGCAGCAUUAAGGUAUCUCUUAUCUAAGAAAGAUGCCAAGCCAAGAUUGCUGAGAUGGAUACUACUAUUGCAAGAAUUUGAUCUUGAGAUCAAAGAUAGAAGAGGAGCAGAUAAUGGAGUAGCUGAUCACCUUUCAAGGAUGAGAGUUGAAGAAAAUCUACCUCUUGAUGAUAGGCUACCUGAAGAAACAGUUUAUGCAGCUGAAGCUAGCAAUAAGCAUGGACAACUAAGCCAUCACAGGCCAGGAACAAAGAUCUCAUCAUCAAACACACCAUGGUUUCGCCACAUAGCAAACUUCCUUGCAGCUGAAUACCCACCACCAAACUUCUUUGGCUACAGAAAGAAGAAAUUUCUGCGUGAUGUAAGAAGGUACUACUGGGAUGAACCUUACUUAUACAAGAAAUGUUCAGAUGGAAUGUUUAGAAGAUGCAUACCCUGA